UUGGAGAAGCACGUACGAUGUUCAUACCUCUCUUUGAUUUCAAAUCGGUGGCUGUCAGUGCGACUGGAGAUAUUGGGAAGCACAGUAAUUCUUGCAACUGCUUUACUGGCUGUGAUAUCGCGUGAUUGGGGUACCGUCACCGCUGGUGCCAUCGGUUUGUCAGUCUCCUACAGUUUGAAUAUCACUUUCAUGCUCAACCUUCUAGUUCGUCAAGUGAGUGAAGUAGAGACAAACGUUGUCGCAGUCGAGCGAAUAAAAGAAUACACUGAAACAGCCGUGGAGGCACCGUGGCGAGGACAGCUCCCUCCUCCAGAUGGUUGGCCUAGUGAUGGUGAAGUGUCGUUCGAAAGUUACUCGACCCGUUACCGUCCAGGUCUUGACCUUGUUCUGAAGGAUGUCACUAUUCAUAUAUCACCUGGAGAGAAAGUUGGAGUCGUCGGGAGAACUGGUGCAGGCAAAUCUUCAUUGACGCUUGCAUUAUUCCGAAUCGUCGAGCCUGCGGACGGCAAAAUUCUUCUAGACGGCAUUGACAUAACAUCAGAUCCUGUGUUGUUCUCCGGCACGUUACGAUUCAACUUGGAUCCCACUUCGAAGUACUCCGACGGGGAGCUCUGGAUGGCCAUUGAACUGGCGAACUUGAAGCCAUUCGUGGAGAGCCUCCCGCUAGGAAUUCAACAUCAAAUUGAUGAAUCCGGCGAAAAUAUAAGCUUCUGA